AACGUUGUUAGGCUUCAAGGUCAAGUCGACUUGAAGGUCAAGUAAACGUAGUAUUGGGAUUUUUGGCCCUAUGCUAGAGUUUCAGUCUUCAGGACACCAUAUGGGUUCUGUCCUCUUAGAAGGUCAUAUCUCUGAUAAUGGACAAUAUACUGGAGACAAUUUGACGUUACUUGACGAACCAAUUCGUGAUACAAUUUUUAGAUCAGCCCGCGCUGUUGGUCAAAAGUUUGCUUACGUCCUAGUUCCACGCCAAGGACAGGGGUUGUUGAAAGAAUGGGAUUUGUGGGGUCCGUUAGUGUUAUGUCUUAUCAUGUCAGCGCUCUUGCAUAGUAGCUCAAACUCAGAAAGUUCCGGACAUGGCGGACCAGAGUUUGCCCAGGUCUUCAUUAUUUUCUGGCUGGGUUCAGCAGUUGUGACUUUGAAUUCUAAAUUACUCGGUGGUGCAGUAUUUUUUAGUUGUUUUUGUAUUGUUUACCAAGAAACAUAGGAGUUCAGUUUGGAAACUUCAAUAGUCAUUCCUACAAACCGUAUGCGUUUUGGGGUAUUGUAUUUUGCCUCUUGUUAUUGGUUUGGUUAUAUGUCGAUUACUGUUGCUUGCAAGUUCUACUUCUGUGUUUGUUUUUAUCAUACGAUUAUUCAUUGUUAUUUCUGGGUUGGUUUAUUCAUCUUAUGCAUCCUUUAUUUUUGUCCAUCCCGCAUUGCCAAAAAAUCGUGUUGCUCUAUCUGUAUAUCCAAUAGUUUUAUUUUAUGUAUUUCUUUCAUGGCUUGUAAUAUCAGUUGCGUAAUUUUUCGAGAUUAUGAUCUUCAUCUGAUUUUGUAAUUUUCUAGUAUUGUAUACUUCUGUUCAGCAACAUCUAUUGUGAUACUACUGAUGAGAAAAUAUUACUCUGUACAUUACUAUCUGUUACUGAUCUUUUAAAACUCUUAUUCUUAUAUAACCUGUCUUUUAUAGUGUUUUGUCAACUUAUAGACCAAUCGCUUGUUAAACCCACUCAUCGGGUAAUCUCUGUUACAUUUGUCUGAAUACAAAUAUUUGUUAGUAUUUUCUAUCUGCAACAAAUAGCAUUCCUAAAAUUUGGAGUUAUUGUUUUCAGUGUUUCAUUUAAACCCCAAAUCGCAUUAGUUGUGGUUGGUUUAUUGAGUACUUAUUAUUAUUUCAUUAAGACUAAAUGUUUGUGUUGUAACGUGUGACUGCAGGUUAUGAUAAGCAGCGUUUAUGUCGAUCGAUCACAGUAACACGGAAAACACGUAUGGACGACCUUGUGCCCUGAUUGACCCUGCUUCCCUGUCUAACCCAGCCAGUUGAGUCCAGAACACAAGUCACAGCCUCUGAGUUAUGAAUCAUUUUAUUUCAGACAUACUCUAUUUAUAUACCAAACAAACAAACCACGUACCAUAAAAUAGAAAACAACAUUUACAAAAUAUUUAACAAGUGAAAUAAACAUCGACCAAUGGGAAAUGUCCAUUUAAAGUCCAGGGUCACCGUUAGACUUAACACGAUAAUUAUUGGUAUAUUAUUCUGCAUCCAUAACAGUUUGUAAAUCAAUAUGGGUCUUUGGACACCAAGAUUCUAUAUUUCCUCUGCAAGUAUGUAACUUGUGGGACAGUUUUACUUAUGUAAUCGAAACCUCUGUCAUUAGCCAUCAAAGUCUGUUCGUUCAGGUUGCAGCUGAGUUGACGUACACCCAGAUCUUACAUGGGUAAUAAUAUCAUGCCACGGUUAAAAGUGAUGACCAAAAUUGUGUGUAUUUGUCACCCUGAAGUUUCUCUGAAAAAAUAAUGAGUAUUUCAUUGAAAGCAUUGAAACUAACGGUCCAUUUUAUUUUAAUGUCAACACUUAGGUCUCCAUCAUGACUGAUAAUCAGAAUAUGACAUUAAUCUCCAUCAAACUACUGGUUAUUGUAUUAUUCUGUUAUGUAGUUACCCAUCUUUUUGAACUCUAUGUAAUGAGCAUCUUUUGGUAAUGGCUGCUUGUUCCCUUUAUCUCCACGUUAGUUCGGUGGGGCAUCUUUGGUUAUUCAGAUAAGUGACUACUGUUUACUUCGUCACUGUUAGAUUUUGAUAAUAUUUUCAACUCAUUCAUUCCACUUAAUUAAAAAGUAGUUGUGAUUCUCUCUUAAUUAGAAAUAACGGGACUCAGUUAAUCACUUUAUAACUUGCUCUUGAGUAAAUGAUCACUUUUUAAAAAAAAGUCAGUCAGUCAGUCAGUAACAAAGUAGAACUUCGUACGUAUGUAC